GGAGAAGGCCCUUGAAAGUGCGUGCUGCACUGCAGACGCCAAAAGUUUGUCAAAGCAUCCUGAUCAGUUCUGUGCAGCUAACAAUGGCUGCCAUUGGCACUUUCCUGAGCAUCAGUCAAUAGUCUACCCGUGCGUCUUCCUAGACCUAUUGCGCCAUGGCUAGCAACGAGCAUGCUCAACUGUUGGACAAUCUGGACAUGCUCGUGGCAGACGAGAAGAAGAUAGUGUCCUUUAAAUGGCUCAGUCGAGCGUUCUCCCUCCCUUCAAAUACUGCCAAAGAGGUCCUGAAGGCAUAUGCUGAGAAGAAGAAGGACGCAGUGAAGGUAGUGUACCUGGUGUCAGGUUGGACCCGCAAUGACUCACGUGCAUUCUCCCUCCAGUUGGUCGGGCCAAGUAGCCUCGAAGGGGCCUUGGCAAACUUGGACGAGGCAUCGUCCCAUGUCUACAGCGUACAGCCGUCCAUUCCCAAGGACCCAGCUGCUCUUUGGACCCCGGACUUUAUCCAGGCAGAGGAGCUGUUCAACCGGCCGCCAGAGGAGGAUAACUGUUUGCGGAAUAACAGCUUGAGUGGUGUGGUGUUGACGAACGUCAAAUGCAACCCGGGAGGCAGGCGGAGGGCUGCUCCGCCCCCCUCGAAUGCUGGCGAGGGAGCGCUCAAGCCAGUCGUUCCAAAGGGCACAGCCGAGAAACCUGCGACGCCCCCCGCCAGUCCCGUUGUCAAAACCGAGGAGGUUGAAGCCGCAGCGCCCAAAGCUGCGAAGCUGGGGGCAGCCCCGAAGGCAGGGCCGGCAACUGGGGCAAAGGGAACGAAAUCGAAAGCGGCACCGGCAAAAGGGGGCCUGGCGAACCUGUGGGGCAAGGCGCCCCCCAAAACAAAGGCCGCUGCUGCAAAAGUAGAGGAGGUGGGGGGCGUCAGGGGGGGUGAUGCUGAGGCCCGCAUUCGAGUGAUGGAAGAGGCGGAGGGGGGGCAAAGCAGUGGGGAAGAGGAGGAAGAGUUGGCCCCCCGGGGGCGGGCAGGGCGGCGGAGACGGGUGGCGCUUGACGAGGAGGAAGAAGAGGAUGACGGGGGCUCUGAGGGGGCUAAUGGCGGUGACGUUGCGAUGGAAGAUGCGGAGGCGGCCGACCAGGGGGCUGACGUCGUCAUGCGUGAAAGCGAGGAGCCCGAAGCGGGGGCGGCGGAAGAAGCGGAGGCGAUGGAUGCAGUUGAUUUGAAUGAGACGACACCUCCCGAGGAACACUUGGAAGUGAAGCCGCCAGUUGCUGGGGUCGGGGGUCGAGGGGCUGCUGCGAAACGAAGAAAGAUUGCGAGGAGCACUUUUGAUGAGAGGGGAAGAGAAGUCGUCGAAAUGGUUUGGGAGGACGAGCUGGGAGGCGAAGGAGCGGAAGCAGUUGCUGACGUUGCCCCAGAGCCCAUCAAAGCGGAACCAAGACCUCCAUCGCCACCGAAGCCUGCGCCCAAGAAGGCGGCUGCCAAAGAGGCCGACAAGCCAAAGGCGCCAGCGAAGAAAGCUGCUCCUGCUGCCAAGGGCGGCAAGAAGGGGGCUCAAGGGAAUAUUAUGUCUUUCUUCAAGAAGAAGUGACGUGGCAGAACACGCUCAUAGAACUUCGUCCUGAAGAAUCUGGAAAUAUCGAUGUGACGAAUGCUAGCUGGCGUCAUCGAUGCGUUUCUGGCUGACAUGUUACUGAACAAGUUGCUUUUGUCAGGAUCGCUGGCGGUCAUCAUUGCUUUCCCUCUGGAUGCAUAUUGCAACCAAGAUUGGGUUCCCAGCUUUGAUUGGUGCAAAGUUUGGCUGGACAACCAUCUAAUAGACACGGAUCCAAGAACCCAGUGAUGGCGCAUGUCCCGCAAGGAGCUAUUGAAUGGAGG